CCACAAAUACCUGAUCUUUUAUGAAUUCAAGACACUGAUGCGUGGGCUACAGAUCCGGAUGAGAGACACUCCGUGGACAAAAGACUCACCCGGAUAUGACUGUAAAGGUAUUUACAAGCGACCCACCUGACUCCGUGGGACCCACGCAAUCAAAGUCUUUUUCUUUUUAGUUCAGGUAUAUAUAAGGUAGGAUGAAAGUGUCCCCACUUGUACAGUUGCCUUCGACCAACAAAUCUUAAUUUCCCAGCCAUCGGUUUGAAACUAUCGUUCCACUUAACAAGCCUGAGUUUUCGUCGACAAUGUUGCUGUCAUCACCUUCCGUCAUCGUCGGAGUUGUCCUCGUUAUCGUCGCUGUAGCACGAGGUCAGACCGUGAGGAGUCCCUGCACCUCUCUGUUCGGACUGUUCUCACAUCCCUCGGACUGCAGGCACUUCAUCCAGUGUGUCUGGGGUCAACCGGUUGACCAACCCUGUGCGCCGGGUUCCGUGUUCAGCUUCCGUGCUCAAGUCUGUGUCCACCCCUGGAACAAGACUGCUGACGUCUGCGCCAAGUCACAGGAUUCUGUGCCCGAGCUGUGUUCGAGGUACCCCACUGCAGUGUUCGCUCACCCAAGCAACUGCCAUCAGUACUACAACUGCAGUGGAAACUCUUACCUCAUCUACUACCCUUCGCGGCCUGACCCGGACUCUGCAAACUUUUACCUGUACGAGUGCACCUAUCCUCAACUUUUCAACAAGAACACCUUGCAAUGUGAGGACUACGGACAAGUGCAGUGUGGAGAGAGAUUUGAACCCGUGGACAAAUGUGAGUACACUCGGUACCAGUGCCAGAAAGUUUCCCACUGCAUCCCAUGCGACGUGCACUCGCCGAGCUGCAAGGACCUGCCUGAUGGCCCCAACGUCUACAGGGGCAGAGAGUGGACCCCCUACUUCGCUGUCUGUCAGGACCAGCGACUUGUCAACACCAGUACCUGUCCUAGAGAUGAAAGACUGGCCAUUGCUCAGCUUUUCUCGCCAGUUCGUAGAGAAUGCCAGAAUUUGUAUGGAAUACCUGUGGAGCAUGGUGGCUACUUUCUCAACUGCACAGGCCGUCCUGAUGGCUUGUACUCUGAUGACGUCACCAACAGACCAAACCUCUACUUCCGGUGUGACUCUGGGGUACAGACGAGGAUCUAUCUGUGUCCAGAUGGUCAGCGCUUUUAUCAACAAACAUCUUCCUGCAUAGUCUAGAUGACCCCACGUGACUGCAGGUAGCUGGUCUCUACAGACCUCACUACUGAGCCGACACAAUAUCACAUCACCGGAAAUCCUCAAUGUUUGUUAAAUGUUCGUUGCCUCCAGUACAAUCAUUUCAUUGAAUGAAUGUCACGUGAUGAUAAGUACAAAUCGCUGUACUUGACUGGUCUGUUUUACUUGUGCUGCUGUGUUCAGGCGUUGUUAUACUGUUUUUUGUUCUUAUUAUACAUUUUCUUCAUAACUCUACCUGUUUGGUUCUCAAUUAGUUGGAAGAGAACAUUAAAGUAUCCAUGAAGGAGUUAUAGGCCUGAACUACUAUUAUGAUUUCUGGAAACACCGGCAUUAGUGAUAUUAAGUGUGUUUGUUGUUUUUUUAAAACAAAAUUUAGAGUGAAGACUAGUCAUAUAUAUUGGACAAAUUAUUUACAAUAUAGAGAAACUGUUUAUGGAAUAUUUUACAUAUCUCAGUCUUCUUUUUUCAAUCCACUGAUGAACAUAGUCAGGUGUUGUACGCUUAGCGUAUUUUUUUCUAAUAUCUGCAUUUAACCGAAACUAAAAGUAUUUAAUAAAA